CCUUGAUCCUCCCUCUAUAUCGAGCUAUCGUGCACACGACCUGAACAGUUCAAUUAGUAUAUACAGACCAACCGCCGUCAUGGCGAACGUGAACCUGAAGCUGAUCCAGCAGUAUCUGGUGCGGAUUCCGCUCGUGCUGGUUACUGCGAUCCGAAGGCUGCUGCAGCUCUCGCCGGUGCAGGACAGAGUGAGCGUCACGAUGGAGCUGCUGGUCACCUUCGUGCGCUCGUUUCUCACGCUCGAGGACUCCGUCUCGAAGAUGGCCGAAGUCAGGCUGACGGACUCGAGGGCAAAGGGCUAUAUGUGGAUAUCGAACGUGACGGUGCCCAAGCCGGAGGACGACGUGCUGGAGGCGUUGAUAAAGGCGAUAAAACACCACAACGAAGGACCGGAAACGUUUGAUGUGCCUGAUGUGCGAGCUGUAGAGGCCGAAUGGACGGGAUACAGGAAGGGCGCCAGUGAAGAUACGCCGAUUCCAGAUAUCUCAGAGGCAGACAAGUACGAGCGACUGAUGGAAGACGUGGACGAAGACAUGACCAUCUUCUACGCCCACGGUGGCGCAUACCAUAUGAUGGACCCUUGCACUCAUCGCCCUACGACGACUGCUCUGGCGCGGUUCAGCCGUUCUCGUUGUUUCUCGAUACGCUAUAGAUUGUGCCCUGAGCAUCCCUUCCCAGCCGGUCUUCUGGAUGCGCUGGUUGCAUACCUGUCUCUUCUCUCCCCCGCCGAGGGUUCCCUCUACGAAGCUGUGCCGGCCAAAAAGAUAGUCUUCGCCGGAGAUUCUGCUGGCGGUGGUCUCUGCCUAGGCCUACUCCAGAUCCUCCUGACGCUACGAGAGAUAAUUCCGUCCAAGACAAUUCGUUUCCAUGGAAAAGACGUCCCUCUAGAUCUCCCCGCCGGUAUCUCCAUGACCAGUCCAUGGUGCGACGUCACCCGCUCGCUGCCGUCUACCUUUGAGAACGCAAAGUACGACUAUGUCCCGCCUCCACCACAGAAGCCAGGAACCAUCUAUACCCCUCUACCGUUUCCUCCAGACCAUCUGUGGCCUACUGUACCGCCGCGGGUGGACUUGUACUCGAAUGCGAACAUGAUGGCGCAUCCGUUAACCUCUCCGGCCGCCAGUCCAAAGGGGAUAUGGAAGGGUGCCCCGCCAAUGUUUAUCGCGGUGGGUGAGGAGCUCUUGCAAGAUGACAGCAUUUACAUGGCAAGAAAGGCUCAUCGAGAUGGCGUGAAUGUCGUCCUACAACGGUACGAAGGGAUGCCGCAUUGUUUUGCCCUUCUAGCCCCCACUAUUCACCAAUCUCAGCGCUGCCUCAAAGACUGGGCUACCUUCUGUGUCGAUGUGGUACAUGGCCGUGUCAAGGGAUACGGGGAAGCUCAGUUCAUCAGCCACGAAAUGACAAAGACUGAGAUCCGCCGCAUUGACGAUAUCGGUACUCUAACCGACAGCGAAGUCGAAAGGCUGAUCAAGGUCGGUAGAGACUGGCGCGUUGAUGGAGAGAUGGUUCUGCAGAGGGCGUGGAAGGAGAAGGAACUGGAUUCCUGAGUAUUCUGUUUCAUACUCCAAACUGUGCAGGCGCUGGGUUCUA